AUGGGCCUUCACUUCGGGAACCUGGCGCGGGUCCGCCACAUCAUCACCUACAGCCUGUCGCCCUUCGAGCAGCGCGCCUUCCCCAACGUCUUCUCGCACGGGGUGCCCAACGCGUGGCGCCGCUUCAGCUCCCAGGUCUUCAAGGUGGUGCCCCCCUUCGCGGCAGCCUAUCUCCUGUAUUCCUGGGGGACCCAAGAGUUUGAGAGACUGAAGAGGAAGAACCCCGCUGACUAUGAAAACGACCAGUAA